AAAAAUAUAUUAUGUGGCUAUUAUUUAUUAAAAAAUAAAAAGAAAAACAUCAUUUUUGUUCUUCCUUCUCUGUCUCCCUUCACUCCCGCGCCCCUCCCUUCUCUCCCAUCUUUUUUAUUAAAUUUGCAAGAUCCUCCCUCACGUUUUCAUUUUGCAGAUCCGCCGUUGUACUGGAGCUUUGGAUUUGUAGGGAAGGCGGCCAAAAUGAUUACGAUUCCGUAUUUGACUGCCUUGACCACCUACUUCAGCUACGGCUUGCUUUUCGCCUUCGGACAAUUCCGUGACUUUUUCAGAAAAAUCUUUGAUUGGUGGCGUGCUAACAAUCUUCAGGGAUACGCGCCCAUCUGUUUAGGACUAGAAGAUUUCUACACUCGUCGACUGUAUCUUCGUAUCCAGGACUGUUUUGGACGACCAAUAGCAAGUGCUCCUGAUGCUUGGUUUGAUGUGGUUGAGCGUUAUUCCAAUGACAACAAUAAGACAUUAAAGCGAACCACGAACAUAAGUCGGUGUCUCAAUUUGGGAUCGUACAAUUAUCUAGGUUUUGCUGCAUCGGAUGAAUAUUGCACACCACGUGUGAUCAAGUCUUUGAAAAGGUUCUCCCCAAGUACCUGUAGUGCUCGUGUGGAUGGAGGAACUACAACAUUGCAUACCGAACUGGAGGAGUGUGUUGCAAACUUCGUUCGAAAGCCUUCUGCCAUAGUCUUGGGCAUGGGCUAUGUGACAAACUCUGCCAUUCUUCCAGUCCUGAUUGGAAAGGGAGGAUUGAUAAUUAGUGAUUCCCUAAACCACAACUCAAUUGUGAAUGGUGCUCGGGGUUCAGGAGCUACAGUUCGAGUUUUCCAACAUAAUACUCCAUUGCACUUGGAGAAAGUUUUAAGAGAGCAAAUUGCUGAGGGACAACCCAGGACCCAUAGACCUUGGAAGAAGAUUAUUGUUAUUGUAGAAGGGAUAUACAGUAUGGAGGGGGAGCUCUGCAAACUUCCAGAAAUUGUUGCUAUAUGCAAAAAGUACAAGGCUUAUGUCUACUUGGACGAGGCUCAUAGCAUUGGAGCAGUUGGAAAAUCAGGGAGAGGUGUUUGUGAACUCUUGGGAGUGGACACUGCAGAUGUAGAUAUCAUGAUGGGAACAUUUACAAAAUCUUUUGGGUCAUGUGGUGGUUAUAUUGCUGGGUCCAAGGAGCUUAUACAAUAUCUUAAGUACUCUUGCCCGGCUCAUCUUUAUGCAACAUCCAUAUCACCUCCAGCUGCACAACAAAUCAUAUCUGCCAUAAAGGUUAUUCUUGGAGAGGAUGGUACAAGCAGAGGAGCUGAGAAACUGGCACAAAUACGUGAAAACAGCAACUUUUUCAGAUCAGAGCUACAGAAGAUGGGCUUUGAGGUUCUUGGAGACAAUGAUUCUCCUGUAAUGCCUAUAAUGCUUUACAAUCCAGCAAAAAUUCCUGCCUUUUCUCGGGGAUGUCUCAUGCAGAAGGUCGCUGUUGUGACGGUUGCUUUUCCAGCUACCCCUUUAUUGUUGGCCAGGGUACGUAUUUGCAUAUCAGCCGCGCAUACCAAGGAAGACCUUGUCAAAGCCUUGGAGGUUAUAAGUGAAGUUGGUGAUUUGGUGGGGAUUAAGUACUUCCCUGCAGAGCCCGCGAAGCUGGAGCAGCAGAAGAUGAUCAAGAUGGAUUGAAUACUUCGAAGUUGUUUGUUUAGCCGUUUGAAGGAGGAUCAAACUAAUGCUUGAGAGUACCGUUGUUCAUGCCCCGGAGAUAAGGGGCGUCCUACUCUUCUCGUGUUCUUAAAUGGAUUUUCUUGGUAAUUUAAUAAUGUAUAGGCACUGCUGUAAUUCUUAUUUAUCUGAUUAUGCCAUCUUUCAUCGAUUUAUAUCCAGUGCUCAGGUAAUAGCCUGGGUUAUAUAAAUUAUUUAUUUCUCUAAUUAUAGUGGAGGUUCGGACAACAAUUCGUAAA